CGCAGACCGGCGGACAUUGUCCCGGACAACUUAAAAAUGGCGGACACGUCCCGAUUGACAAUGGUAAUACGGGACAUAUACCAAAAACCUGCGAGCUUACACCUUUUGAGCGUGAAGAAAUCGUAGGUUUAUCAAAGGGCGGACAUAGCAUAAGAAAUAUCUCAGAAAUUCUUGGCAGACCAAAAUCUACUGUCCAUAAUGUAAUUACGAAAUACAAUAAAGAAAACUGCACUGAUACUGCACCUAGGAGUGGUAAACCUCCAGCUUUAUUAGAAUAA